AUGCGUUCCGCCAUCCUCGCCGCUGCCUUUGCAGCCAGCGCCAUUGCUGUGCCGUUCGCGGCGAAGCGUGACGUCGUCGUCAACACCAACACCGAGGUCGUCUAUGUCACCGAGUACUACACCGUGACCGGCGGCGCUGCUCCGGCCACUCCCACCCCCGAGGCCAAGGCUGCCGCCGCUCCCAAGAAGCAUUGGGGCCACAAGCCGCACUGGUGGGGUGGCCACAAGCCCAACAAGGGCCACACCACCCAGCAACCUGCUACCACCGCCCCUCAAGCCACCUGGGAGCCUGCGCCGACCAAGACCAAGACCAAGAGCCCUGAGCCGCCGGCUGAGACUUCCGCCGCGUCUGCGCCCCCGUCGUCUUCGCCACCAACUUCCGGCUACUCUGACAAAGUCAUCUGGCACCACAACGUCCACCGCACCAACCACUCCGCUCCGGACAUCGAGUGGGAUGCUGGUCUCGCCGCGACAGCCCUCAAGAUCGCUCAGACCUGCUCGUACGAGCACAACACUAAGAUGGACGGUGGCGGGUACGGCCAGAACAUUGCUGCCGGUGUGGACGGCGACAGCGUUGACCGCGUGAUCACCAACAUGUUCUACAACGGCGAAGUCAACUACUACACAGGUCUCUACAAGCAGGCCCAGCCCGACAUGAGCAACUUCGAGAAGUGGGGCCACUUCAGCCAGAUCGUCUGGAAGGGCACCACCCACGUUGGAUGUGCCACCUAUCACUGCACCAACGGCCUUCAGAACACCGGCGAUUCCGUGCCUCCGUACUUCACCGUCUGCAACUACGCAUCGCCAGGCAACUUCGCCAACGAGUACGGUGACAACGUCGGCGAGCCCCUCGACCACGCCACGGUUACCUGUGAUUAG